UUCAGUUUCACGGCUUUGCUGUGCGUCGUCUAAAAGUUGUCUAUAAUGAUGUUCAUCAUCCUUCUUUCAUUUCUUGCAAUAGGGGCAGCAGACUUUGACUACCACGCCAGGCCAAAAUUUUUAGACGUGAUAAAGUUCUAUAAACCAGGAACAGUAACCUAUUUAGUGAAGAGAACUUACAAAGCGAGAUUUACUGGCGAGGAGCCGUGGUGCCUUUACAACAAAGUGCUGAAAGUAAGUGGAAACACUCUAGAGAUUGACCAAGGAUAUUCAAAUCGUACUCAAAAUGUUCGGUACCAAGUCAGGGUAGUGGUUUCUGUAGAUCCACCAACAGAUCAGGCGCCAUCAAUGUCGGCCACUAAAGGAAAUGAUCCUAAGCAGACGAGGGAAUACUACUUUCAUUUCUACGAUCCAGUAGCUCAGUGUGCCGUUAUAACAUUCAAGGACUACUCAGGUACCUGGAGAUGUGAACUGCAUACUUGGAAAGACAAAGCAUACUAUAAGUAUUUCAAAAACUGCGAAGACGAAUAUGAAUACCAGUGCCCUGGGCGCGAAAGUCAUAGCGUUUAUUUAUAUUACUGUCCAGCGUAAAAGGAUACAAUCGGACACUAACAUAUAAGAAUAGAGCAUCUAUGUUCCUUAGUUCUUUAUUACUUUGAGGUAGAUGACUUGUGCAAGAAUUUGGCGUCUGUCUGUAAUAAAGGUCAUACCU